CUCAUAAUAAUAAAUAACAGGAUAGUCCAUCAUGGUACAGAUUGUAGAUCCUUUCGAAAGUGUGAUAUGGCUGAUUGAUUAAAUGUCAAGAUAUAACCUGCUCGUCGUGACAGAUAUCGUGGGGUGGGAGGCCCGUUGCGUCUUCAAAUCCACCAAUCGUUCAUGUCAUGCCUGGCUCUCCACCAUUCGUGUGUGGGCACUGGGCAGCAGCCAGACAAAAAAGGCCAAGUACAUUUUCGUCACCAACGUUUGUUCGUCCUGCCACAGAACGAGGGAGAGAGAGAGAGAAAGGAACGGCCUCUUGGUUCUGUCCCCCAUUGAGAGAUAGACACACAGGCAGACAAGGCGGACGGGAAAGGAGAUGGGACUGUGGGUAUUUGGGUACGGAUCACUGAUAUGGAAAGCAGGCUUUGAUUACGAGCAACGCCUCGUCGGGUUCAUCAAGGGAUACCGACGUGUCUUCUACCAAGGCAGCACGGACCAUAGAGGGACGCCUGAAUAUCCCGGAAGAACCGUGACACUGGAGCCCCAUGACGGGGAAGUUUGUUGGGGAGUUGCCUACAGAAUUUCGGGAGAAGAAAAUGAGCAAAUUGCAAUGUCGCAUCUAGAAGUUAGAGAGAAGCAGUAUGACUUGAAGGCUUAUGUCGAUUUUUACACUGACAUGGAGUCAUCAAUUCCUGCAGUCACGAGGAUACUAGUUUACAUAGGUUCGGCAGACAAAAAGCUCAACAAAAACUACUUAGGCCCAGCGCCGCUUGAGGAAAUGGCCAACCAAAUUGUCAAGGCCCAAGGCCCAUCAGGUCCAAACAGAGACUAUCUUUUCCAGCUUGAACAAUCGCUCCACGAAUUUGGAUGCCAUGACGAUCAUAUCAAGAAUCUGGCUAAUGCGGUCAGAAAAAUUCUUUCAGAGAUGGAGCAGCAGAAACAACAAAGCUAAUUUUAAGUUGCUGCGGAAAAUAUUAUACAAUUGUUUGCGGAGAUCUAUAAACAAUUGAAAGGCUUCAUUCUUCAUAAUUGUCAUAGUCCUCUUCUGCUUCUAGUGUCUUGUUUAGGUGCAAAAACUGUGAUGACUCUAUGCCCAUGUUGUCCACAUCAGCCCAGACCAAGUACUCAUUAUUAUGAUUGGCAUUCACUUUA